UAUAUUGAUGGAAUAAAAAAAUGACACGACCAAAAAUAAAAAUAUACCAGAAAGAGCAUUUAAGGAAAUUGUACACUUCAAGAACAGUGAAUGCUUUACUUAAAUGCAUAUUGGGGGCACUGCCCUGUUAACUCUUGUGAAAGUCACUAGAUACUAACCUAAUCAACAUAAAUGUUUUAUGUAUAUCAUGACAAAACCUCUAUAUAAAUGAAUGCAAUAACAUCAAAUUUCAACUCUCUCAGAAACAAAAAUCAAAACUAAAUUUCAACAUGAAGAAGACCUACAAGUUUCAAAGCCUGCUCUCUUCUCUCAUCUUCCUCCUACUCCUCUCCACACUCCUACCAAUUUCAAGAACAGUCGCUGUCAGCUCCGGCGUUGGCUGUCGACAUCCGCCGUCACAAAACAGCUGCAAGACAUGCAUGGUGGAGCAGACGAAUUACGGAUGUCCUAAGUGCGGUCCGGUGCUCGGCUGCAUGGCUCGUUGCCUUUGGGGAGGUGUGUCUCAGAGGAAAUGCACCACCACAUGCGGUUGCGACACCUUCGCCAAGCCCUCGCUGCUGGAGUGUAAACGCUGCGUUUCUCGGUGCAAGUGUAGCUGUGCGGCGUAGGAAAUUAGCGACUUAAUGCUCUCUCUUUUAGUGUUCAAAUAAUGUUUUAGUUUUCUCGAAUGUUGAAUAAAAAUAACGUACAAGUAUUAGUAUCUUUCACUCAUUGUUAAUUCAAAGUUUUUGUUAAA